UCUCUCUCUCUCUCCAGAGGUAUCAGUCUCUCUCCAGUAUCAGUAUAUCUUCAGACUUACCCAGCAUCGUUGUCCGUCCUCUUCAGUCCUUUGGAGAUGUGAGUCAGACUGUGUCUGAACUGAGAGAGAAACUAGAAGACUUCCUUAAAGGAGAAUGGACCAAGAUCUCCACUACAGUGAAUAUAGUGGAUGUUGUACUGCCUCCAGAGCCCAGAGAACAGUUGUUACAAUAUUCCUGUCAGCUCACACUGGACCCAAACACAGCACACACACACCUCUCUCUGUCUGAAGGGAACAGAAAGGUGACACGUACAGGCCAAGUCCAACCAUAUCCUGACCAUCCAGACAGAUUCACCUACUGGUACCAGGUUCUGUGUAGAGAGGGUCUGUCUGGACGCUGUUACUGGGAGGUGGAGAGGACUGGUGUUGUUGUUGUUACAGCAGUCUCAUAUAAAGACAUCAGCAGAACAGGGACAGAUGGUGGAUUUGGAUACAAUAACAAGUCCUGGAGUUUACAGUGCUAUAGUGGUGGUUAUUGGUUCAGACACAAUAAUGUUGAGACUAAAGUAUCAGGCCCUCAGUCCUCCAGAGUAGGAGUGUACCUGGAUCACAAGGCAGGUACUCUGUCCUUCUACAGUGUCUCUGACACAAUGACCCUCCUCCACAGAGUCCAGACCACAUUCACUCAGCCCCUCUAUCCUGGGUUUAGUCUCUAUAGUUAUAAUGGUACUGCUGAGCUGGUUAAACUGUAGUAGGGUUCACAUAGAUACUAGUCAUGCUGGUGUAGUCUAUAGCUGAGCUGGUUAAACUGUAGUAGGGUCCACAUAGAUACUAGUCAUGCUGGUGUAGUCUAUAGCUGAGCUGGUUAAACUGUAGUAGGGUCCACAUAGAUACUAGUCAUGCUGGUGUAGUCUAUAGCUGAGCUGGUUAAACUGUAGUAGGGUCCACAUAGAUACUAGUCAUGCUGGUGUAGUCUAUAGCUGAGCUGGUUAAACUAUAGUAGGGUCCACAUAGAUACUAGUCAUGCUGGUGUAGUCUAUAGCUGAGCUGGUUAAACUGUAGUAGGGUCCACAUAGAUACUAGUCAUGCUGGUGUAGUCUAUAGCUGAGCUGGUUAAACUGUAGUAGGGUCCACAUAGAUACUAGUCAUGCUGGUGUAGUCUAUAGCUGAGCUGGUUAAACUGUAGUAGGGGUCCACAUAGAUACUAGUCAUGCUGGUGUAGUCUAUUGCUGAGCUGGUUAAACUGUAGUAGGGUCCACAUAGAUACUAGUCAUGCUGGUGUAGUCUAUAGCUGAGCUGGUUAAACUGUAAACUGAUUUGUUAUUAAUUACAAUUCAAUACAAUGUUUUAAUCUUGUACAUUUCCAUGAAUCAUGAUGUCUGGUGUUGAUGUAUAUUGGUUGUCAUUCAGAACCAUUGAUAUGUUUUCUCAGUUGGUUCUCUGUCUCUAUGUAAUUCUCCUCAGUAUCAUUGAUCAGCUUGUUGGCUCGGUCCUAAUUGAUGUGUUCUCUGUCACCUGGAGCUGCAUGGAAAAUGGUCCAGGAACUAAAGGACAAUUCAGGACUAGUCAGCCCACUACAAGCUGGUAUCACUUACUUUCUACUAAACUAUAUGGUCUGGUUUCCCAGACACAGAUUAAUCCUAGUCCUGGACUAAACAGUAUGUUCAAUGUAGAUGUCCAGGAAACCGGCCCUAAAUGUGUCAUCUUUCAUCCUCCCAUACUGCUCAGUCCAGCAACAUUAAACCUGUCCAGCAGGUGGUGCUGUUGACCAAACAAUAAAACCAGCAGAUAUCUUGACUUGCCACUCAGUAUAUCAGUAAUGUUCAGAAUAGUACUUUAAUAUCAUUGGAGAUUGAUGGUCUUUUUAAUCCACUAUCCAGAGUCAGGAACAGAUGAAGUUAGGUCUGCUACUGUUCAGUGAUUAAAUAUGAUUUAUGGUGAUGGGAAAUAAUAAAAAACACUCAACUUCAUCUAG